GUCGUAGCGACGACACGUGUGCGGUGUUUUUGAAAGGUGUUCCACUUGCGUUUUCACUAUAGAAUGUUUAUUGCGAUCGUGUUAAAGUUGUGAUGUAAACAAACAGAAAAUGUUUGACUCACGAUGCGUCGGAUGUAAAUAAGGAGUCUGUGUCUUAGUUGUAUUUUUUUAAAGUGCUCGUGUACAUCUGUGUUUUGUUAUCUUUUAGACUUGAGUGCGUUGGAGUAAACAAAUUGAGUGAUUUAAUUAAAUAUAAAGGAUACUUUGUAUUUGACGGAUGUUUGAAGAAUAAAGGAUUAUAAUGAAGAGUAGUUAGAGGUGCUGUGGUUUGCUGAGGCGGGUCGAUAUGAACUCGGACGUGCACCGACACCAGGCCCAUCCACCGCUUGCCCAGGUAUGUUUCCAGCACGGCGUGCACACGGGGGCGCAGAGUGUGGGCUGCGGCUGGUACUCCGCGUCGACCGCGCCCGCGCCCACCGCGCCCGCGCGCGUCAAGAGGGCACAGCCACCACCACAACUACCGACUGGAGGAGGCGGUGUCGUGAUUAGUAAUGGUCCACACGUGCCCCUCUCGCCCACCGCUCUGCAGAAUUCUAUACAACAUAAUUUGUCGUACAGCGCGAAGUGUGACGUCACGCUCGGGCAGCAGAACGUGAUGUCGUCCUCGGUGCGAGCAGCAGCUCCGGCCGGGCCCGCACCCGCGCCAGCCGCCAUGCACACCUCGCAGACCACACCCGCGGUGUCGAAAGGCGCCAGUGACGUGUUGGUUAACUCGUCGGCAAACCCUCCCGCAGCCACGAGGCUUGUCAACAUGUCGCAGUGGCCAUGGCACCACGGAGCGAUAUCUCGCGAGCGCGCAGAGGCGCUGCUGUCCGGUUCCCCGGACGGUGUGUUCCUCGUGCGCGAGAGUACCAACUUCCCUGGAGACCACACACUCUGUGUCCGUUUCAGAGGUCGCGUUGAACACUACCGGGUAAAAUGGGCAACCGCUCCCGACAGUCAAACGCAACGUCUAACAAUAGACGAUGAAGAGUUUUUCGACACAAUGACGGAUUUAAUACAUCAUUACCUUCAAGACGCUGAUGGGCUUUGCACGAAAUUGGUCCGGUGCUUGCCGAAGGCGGCAAUCAACGGUGCAAAUAACAAUGGCGUGCUGCAACCGCCAUAUCCACCGCAUCCUCCUCAACCUCCCCCGUACCCGCCGACGCCGAGCGUGUCGAGCGCACUUAGCUCGGGCCACUUCCAGCACACGUACGCGGCGCAGGCGCCCCCUAGCGCUGACCAGACGGACAGCGCGCAACACCAGAGAUUUGUAGAUGCCCGUUGGAUAAUAGCUGAACGAGAUUUAGAGAUAAGAGAAAACAUCGGCAAAGGCGAAUUCGGCGACGUGAUGCUUGGCAUCCUCAAUGGCAACCAGAAGGUGGCCGUCAAGAUAUUGAAGGACAGAGAGGCGGCAAGCAAGUUCCGAGCCGAGGCCAGCGUUAUGUCUUCAUUGAAGCACGACAACCUGGUGCGUUUGCUGGGCUGCGUGGUGUUCAGCUCGAACGGCAGCACUUGCAUAGUGACGGAGCACUGCGCGCAGGGCUCGCUACUCGACUACCUGCGCAGCCGCGGACGACACUACGUCACGCAGCAGGACCAAAUCAACUUCGCAUUUGACGCGUGUUGCGGCAUGGAGUACCUGGAGCGGCAGCGUGUUGUGCACCGCGACCUGGCGGCGCGCAACGUGCUCAUCUCCGCGGAGGGCACGGCCAAGGUGGCAGACUUUGGGCUGGCGCGCUGCGAGACUGCGCCCGAGGACCCCGCCGACGCCAUGCGCGUGCAGGCCAAACUGCCCAUCAAGUGGACAGCGCCCGAGGCACUCAAGUACAAUAAAUUUUCCAACAAGUCGGAUAUGUGGAGUUUUGGAAUAUUACUAUGGGAGAUAUAUUCAUUCGGGAGAGUGCCAUACCCUAGAAUUCCGCUGGCGGAGGUGGUGCGGCACGUGGAGCGCGGGUACCGCAUGGAGGCACCGGAAGGUUGUCCCGCUGGUCCUUACGACGUGAUGCGCGCCGCCUGGCACGCUGACCCCCAGCAGCGACCCACCUUCGCCGCUACGCGCGCACGACUCGCUGCCAUGAGGGACGCGCUGCACCACGCACACCAGUAAAAGUGAAACGGCCAAAUGGUGGACAAAAUAAAUUUAACUGUACAUUAUAUGAGAAUGCGCUGUGAAGAUGCAUGUGUAUUUUAUAUGUGUAUUAAUUAAUUAAAACUUCAUGUAAGUAACUAAAUUAUUUUGAUAAUAAAUAUUUAAAGACACUUCCUCGCUUAAAAUCUAAUUUAAAAAAGAUGGUGUUUUAUAUAAGAUUAUAUUUGAUGUGUAUUCGUUGUGUACUCUCGAUAAACUUUUGGCUGAGGAUAUCGUUUACGAAUGUUAUAUGAUUUAUUUUUGGAUUGCUAGCCGUUGUGAAUGUGAACGUAGUAUUCGUCUGAAAGUUAUUCCCGAGUACAUCGACAUAAGAAUAAGUUGUAAUGUUUUCCAACGCCUUGUAAAAGUUAUGUGUAAUUUGGUGACCGUAUGCCGGUACUGUCGUACUGUCUAGUCAAACAUAAUGUUACAACUAUAUUGUUUGUAUAUUAUCAUUUAUUUAAACAGAUUCUGACUGAUAAAUUGUUAAAGCUAUUUUAGCAAUUGUAUGCACAUAUUUCAAAUGUUUAAACAAAAAUAAGCUCUUGUAUUUUUCGAUAAGGUUCAAAUUUCAGCACAAUGAUGAUAUAUUCUUUACCAAUUUUUUCUUGUUAAAGGAAUAGUUUUUACAUGAUAUUAGUAAGCGAUUCAUUCCUUUACGAUUUUAGCACUAAAGUCUGAUGUGUUUUGAAUAUGUUUUGUGCGUUUUUUUAUUAGCAAAUCUGCGUAAAUGUGAUAGGAUUGGUUACGUGCACUUUGUGUUAUUGUAGGGGUGUGAUUAGUCAUAAUUGGGGUGUCAGGGGGAGGGUGUUACGUUAGCCAACUUUAAGGUUGUGUGCUAUUUUAAAAUGUAGAUAUCUCUCUUAUAAUGUGUUUUUUUAUUUGCUUCAUAAAUCUAUUGGAUAGUGUUGCCAGGUUGGUAAAGAUUUGUUCAAAGUGAAAUUGAAGAAAAAUUGAAUCUCAAAAUAAAAUUGUAUUAAAAUUCCAUUAGUAAUGUGACCUUGUAUGCUUCAAAUUAUUAUAAAGUAAAUCCAUUUAAAUAAAUCAAUGAUAUUUAUUAUGUAAAUAUAAUAAUGUUUCAUAUCGCCUAAGUCCUUCAAAACAAACGUGAAGGUAAACUUAUGCUGAAAAUUUUCAGGUCAUGUCCAGGUUUGUGGCUAUUUAAAAAAUGAUGUUCGUUUCGUAUUUUUAUGCAAUACUAGUUAUAAGUGUUAUGUUAUUUUUAUCGAGUUAUUUAUAUUCACUGUCCAUUUGUAUUGAAAUAAUUUCGGAAAUGUUAGUCUGAAGGCAGUUUGCGACUAAUUAACUUCUUUGAUGACAAUGUCUGCGUGCUACAAUAAAAAUGUAUGUUUUAUAACAUCCCACCUAAAUAAAAUAAAACUUAGAUAAUUUGGUGCUUUUUGUAUUCAAUUGUAAAACUUUAUUUUAACUUAAUUUUUCAGUUACACUGUAUCUAUUUUUUUUUUCAAACCAUAUUUUAUCGAAUUUUUACUAUACAAGACGCAUAUUGUAGUUCUCAAGGACAAAUGUAAUUUAUUGAGUCGCUAACUUCAUAUUAUGCAAUGUUAAUUGCAUUCUACCAAAGUAUAAUUAUAUAAAUAAUUUAAAUAUACGCAACACAUCUAGCCGACUGUAUUGUGCUGAGCUCCGGGAUUAGUUUUCUAAUACAUUUUAAAUAUAUUACUUUGUGACGACUUGAUUACUGCAGAACAAUACGUCAAUAUGUUUUCAUCCUACUCUUUGAAACAAGUAUAUAUAGUAUCAAAUUUAGUGUAGAAGCCCAAAACUAUUUGAUAUAUUAUAUUCUUGUUUAUUGUAUUAGUGUACAUCACAAGAGUCGUGUCACAAUAAUCCCGAAUUGCCUUACAGUUGGCGCAAUUGUUUAUUGCCUACGAUGUCUAAUUUGUCAAUGAAUCCGAAAUCUGUUUGAGUCGUUUAUUAUUGUACCAUUUUUCUUUAAAUAUGUAAAUACAUGUAACACUAAGGGAUAAAAUGUAUGAUAAUAAUGUACGAAUAA